AUGGUGCUCACUCGGCAGCGAGUCGAAUUUACUAAGACCCGCAAAUAUCUCAAAGACUGCUGGAAAGCCGAAGUAAAGCGAAUGAUCGAUGCUGAAAACAGCCUGAUGAAAAUCAAGUCGGCAUACAUUCAGCGUUGCCAAACAGGAAUCAAACUGCGUGAAGAGUUAGCCUUAGCCCAAUCAUUGCUUAAUGAAACAUUGGCCACGGCUGCUGCUGCCUGUCAGGCAGGAUUCGGACCUGGAGGAAUUACUGCAAGUGGCGUAAUGAUCUCUCCUGUUGGGCCAAGUGCCUUCGGGGGGUCGAUGACUGCUGCGCAACCGGGUUCACCAGCUGGGCCUGCAUCAUUCUCAUCUGGUUCUGCUUCGGGUGUAUCCGGACAAUUUCAAGUUAAUCCUGGAAUGUCUCCUGCAUCGUCCGGUUCCAGUGGCUACGCUUCAGUGGGUGCCACCGGAAGUGGAGUAGCAGUGACUGGUGUCAAUGCUGCUACUACAAGUUCUGGAACAGGAAUCAGCAGCUCAUCUUCGGGCUCUGUAUUAAUUACUUCUAGUUCAGGCUAUCCAUAUCUGACCGGCAGCGGCCCGCUAUUGGUCUGUUCAGGCUCCGGAACUGGGGCUCAAUCAAGCUAUUCGGUUACUCAAGCCCCAAAUUCAGCAAUCGGCGGGACAAUGUAUAACAUGGGUGGGGCUGUUAGUACAAAUCUCCAGGCCUCAGUCGCCCCUAUUAUUGGUGGAUCUCUUGGAGAUGAAACAUCAAGUUCGGUGACCACCCUAGGAGGCUCAUUUGGCUCUGUGGCGACGGCCCCUAUCGAUCCAGCCAGCUCAGGUCAUGCACUCAAACAGCGCGUCAAGGAAAUAGAAUUAAUGUACGGAUAUAGAGAGGCUGUGGAAAUCGCUAAUCACCGGCUGGUCGAGCUGGAGAAAAGAAAGGUCAGUUCGGUAGAAUCAUCUCUCAAAUUCAUUUGA